GUACAGCUGGAUCCCUGAGGUUAAAAAAAAAAAAAGAUCAGAAUCAGUGAAAGGAAAAACCCAUCCAGAGGGUGCAUUGAGAGAGACACCAGCAAGGAGUAUCCAGCUGCAAGGAGCUACCUAAGAUGAAGGGGCUUUUAUCUGUGCUGCUGGUGGCCGUGGCGUGCAUGGAGCUAGCCCACGCCUUGCAAUGUUACACGUGCCGGGAGCCGACGAGCGCCUCCCUGUGCAUGACCGUCAGCAACUGCUCCAGCGACGACACCAUGUGCAAGACAGUGAUGUACUCGCUGGAGGAAGUUUACCCCUUUGUGGGCGACUCAGUCGUGGUCAGGGAGUGUGCUCAGAAAUGCAUCGCGUCCGAUGUGGAUGAAAUCGGGAGCACUCGCCCUACCUUUUGCUGCACCACUGAGCUGUGCAACGUGGAUGGGGCGGGCAGCCUACGAACCAGCUACGUGGUGUUGGGGAUUUCGGUCACGUUCCUCUGCCUCCUCGUCACGACUGGGCUGUGAGGAGUUGGGCCGGAGUCUUUCCCCGAAGAACCACGCAACAAGAGAGCAAGCCCCCUCUGGCUGACCUUGCCAACCGGUGGCCUUGAGCACGUGUAGGAAGACACCUCUUUGCUGUCUUAGAAACGGUGGCCGCUUGGAAGGCUGUGAUCUUCUGCAUUCCUGUCCCCACUGAUCAAGAAGCCUAGCACAGGAACCGCACCACCCUUCCGCCACCAGCUCCUUGCUGCAUUAAAUUAAAUGCUAAUCUGCUCUGGAA